AUGACCCUUGAGCCUAUCGCCCUUGUUGGAACCGGAUGCAAAUUUCCGGGAUCAUCUUCCUCGCCAUCCAGCUUAUGGAAUCUACUUUGCAACCCGAAAACGGUAGCAUCUGAGCCACCUUCCACUCGAUUCAAUGGAAGAUCAUACUACCAUCCGGAUGGCAAUCAUCAUGGGACCACCGACACCAAGGAGUCCUACUUCCUGUCCGAGGACAUUCGCAUGUUCGAUGCCUCUUUCUUCAAUAUCUCCGCCAGCGAGGCCGAAGCCAUAGACCCUCAGCAACGGCUGUUGCUAGAGACCGUCUACGAGUCCCUGGAACGGGCCGGGCAGCGGCUCGACGCUCUUCGGGGCUCCUCCACGGGUGUAUUCUGCGGCGUGAUGAUGGCAGACUGGGCGACUCGCGUGGAAAUCGACGAUCAAGCAUGCCCUCGCUAUACCAUUACCGGGCUGGCGCGGACCAACAUCGCGAACCGGCUCUCGUACUUCUUCGAUUGGCAUGGCCCAUCCCUUGUGGUAGAUACGGCUUGCUCCUCGAGUCUGGUCGCCUUGCACCAGGCCGUGACGGCUCUACGGCAGGGAGAAUGUUCCACAGCAGUAGUGGCGGGAACAAACCUUCUGCUGCACCCCAAUGUUUUUGUCUCGGCGUCGAAGCUUCAGAUGCUGUCUCCCACUGGACGCGGGCGCAUGUGGGAUGCAAAGGCUGAUGGCUAUGCCCGUGGGGAAGGCAUUGCGUCUAUCGUUUUGAAACGCCUGAGCGAUGCAGUCGCCGACAAUGACCCGAUUGAAUGUGUGAUCCGAGCCACACGCGUCAACCAAGACGGCCGAACAACGGGCCUCACGAUGCCGUCCGGUAAAGCACAACUGGAUCUGAUCCAGUCCGCCUACCAGAUGGUCGACCUGGACCCAGAGCACCGAGCCGAGGAUCGAUGCCAGUAUUUCGAGGCCCAUGGAACCGGGACUCCGGCCGGGGAUCCCCAAGAGGCUUCAGCCAUCUAUCAUGCUUUCUUCGGAAACUUGCAAUCACAGAAGCACCAUGGGGAGACUGAGAAACUGUUUGUGGGAUCAAUAAAAACAGUGAUUGGACAUACUGAAGGCACAGCCGGCCUAGCAGGCAUUAUCAAGGCUUCAUUGUGCAUUCAGCAUGGAGUGAUCCCACCUAACCUUCUGUUCGACCAACUCAACCCACAGCUUGAACCAUUUUCUGCCAGCCUCAAGGUCCCAGUUCAGGCUAUGCCAUGGCCAGCUCUGAAGCCCGGGGUUCCACGCCGCGUGUCUGUCAACUCGUUUGGUUUUGGGGGCACUAAUGCACAUGCGAUUCUUGAGAGCUAUGAGGACAGCAUAAAUGCAACAGGCAAGCCCGCUCAACUAUCGCCUAGAGCCCCAAUCCCUGUUGUGCUGCCAUUUUUCUUCUCCGCGUCUUCUGUGCAAGCGCUUGCUACCAUGCUGGAACAAUACAUUCAAUAUCUCGAAAACAAUCCUAUGGUCGACCUGGUCGACUUGGCAUGGUCCUUACUACAGCGACGUUCCUUCUUGAUGCAUCGUAUCUCCCUCUGGGCACCUACAAUAGAUCUCUUAAUCACAAGAAUCCGCGAAGAGCUUGACCUCAUCAAGACCAAAAGGCCGUCGUCCAUCGUAAGCUCCCAGCCACAUACAGAUGAGAAGAAACGCAUCUUGGGGAUUUUCACAGGCCAGGGCGCACAGUGGCCGCAGAUGGGGUUGGACCUUAUCGCUCACUGCCCUGAGGCCAGGAUCUGGUUAGACGAAAUGGAAACAUCGCUUGCCGACCUGCCUGUCGAGCUCCGGCCGAGCUUCUCCCUCCAAGAAGAGCUGGCUGCAGCUCAGGCUCACUCCAAGCUGCAUGAGGCCGCAAUCUCACAACCAUUAUGCACAGCACUCCAGAUCAUUCUUGUUAAUGUUCUUUCUGUUUUGGGAGUUUCCCCAGCUGUAGUCGUUGGCCAUUCCUCCGGUGAAAUUGCAGCGGCAUACACUAUCGGGUUCUUGUCAUCGGCUGAUGCCAUCCGAAUCGCGUACCUGCGAGGUCACGUCGCGGGGCUGGCUGAAGAGGGGGCAAUGCUGGCGGCUGGAAUCACUCAGGAGGAGGUUACCGUUCUCUGCCAGCAGCCAGGACUUGAUGGCAAAAUCAGCUUGGCGGCAGUAAACUCUCCGUCCAGUGUCACGCUCUCCGGUGACCGUGAUGCCAUAUCCCAGGUUGAACAGAUUCUCCUCAAAGAGAAGAAGUUCGGGCGGCUUCUCCGCGUUCACACAGCAUACCAUUCCCAUCACAUGGCUUCUUGUGCAGCAGCUUAUCUGCGAGCCUUGGACGCAGCAGAGAUUCAGAUUCGCUCCCACCUGGCGUCACGGUGGUUCUCUAGCGUCUAUGAAGCACAGGAGAUCACGCUGGAGCAACAUGGCUACUGUAUGACCAGGGACUACUGGAAGGACAACAUGGUCAACCCUGUCUUGUUUUCUCCAGCCUUGCAGGCAGCGUUACGCUCCAGCGGUGACGAUGUGCCUCCUGAUCUGAUCGUCGAGAUCGGGCCUCAUCCGGCUCUCAAAGGCCCGGUACAACAGACGAUCACGGAUCUCUUCCCUUCAAAGAUUCCCUACGUCGGACUACUGAACCGUAGCCAGGAUGGUAUCGAAUCAUUGGCGAAAGCCAUCGGCCAAUUCUGGAUUCAUUUGGGGCCGAGUUCAAUAGAUAUAGCCAGCUACGUCGCACUGUUCGACAGAUCGCGCAAGCCACCGAGGAUCGUCCAAGGCCUUCCCACAUACCCUUUUGGACACAAUCAACCAUACUGGUUUGAGACACGGGCGUUGCGGGACCGCUUGUAUGCUCGGCACCAAUCCCAUCCGUUACUAGGAGUCUUUGAGACUAACACAACGGAUGGCGAGUGCCGCUGGCGACAGUAUCUGCGCCGGGAGGAAAUUGACUGGCUUGAUGGGCACCAGAUUCAGUCCCGUACAGUGUUUCCGGCAACAGGGUAUCUAGUCAUGGCGUUGGAGGCGGCUGCCAUCGUUGCUGGCAGUCGGGUCGUGUGCCUCGUGCAGGUUGAUGAGUUCAGCAUAACCCAGGCCAUUACUUUCUCGGACGAAAAUGAUACAAUGGGGGUGGAGACCCUGUUCCGAGUCAGCGAUUUCCAAUCCCAGAGUGGAAAUAGAGAAACUGGUUCCUUCAGCUGCCAUGCCACGAUCGGUGGGAGGUUUACUCUUUGCGCCUCGGGGAAACUGACUCUGGGAUGGGGAGAGCCAGAAGCUCGCCUGCUGCCACCGCGAGCUCCUGUUGGUGAAGAUAUGAGACCGGUGGAUAUAAACUGCUUCUAUCAAUCCUUGAAACGCAUCGGCUACGGCUAUUCAGGACCGUUUCAGUGUAUUACCUCUCUUUCCCGCCAAUUGGAUGCGUCAAGCGGCAAACUCACGACCCUGGCCUCAUCGUUGCAGUUCCAUCCCGCCGUAUUGGAUGCCAGUCUGCAGAUGCUUCUCGCUGCCCUGAGCACGAUCAGGGACGGACAGCUGGAUAAUAUGCUAAUCCCGACCGGAAUCGAUCGUGUCAUCUUUAAUCCAGUUUUCUACGGCCGUCACAGGGACCCCGUCGGUAGUGAGGAGCUCCUAGUUGACACUGUCAUCAACAGCCUUGGCCGUAAAGGAUGUUCUGGAAACGUGCAGCUGUUUACACAGAACGGUGACGGCGUUGUUCAGAUGGAGGGAGUGCGAGUCGCGCCCUUGGAGAAGACAAGGCAGGGUCGCCGGCCGUUCUCCCAGGUGGUCUGGGGUUCCCUCGUCCCGGACGCAAAAAGACUAUUGUAUACGUCUUCGGCAGAAUCUGUGACUCAGACUCUGACCAUCGAGCGCAUAGUGCUCAUUCAUAUCAAACUCAUUAGCGAGCAGCUUACUUCCGCCGACCGCGAGGGCCUCGACUGGCAUCGUGCACGUGUAGUCGCUUGGUUUGACCAUGUGCUGUCGUUGACACGGCGGGGAAAGCAUCCAAUCUGUCCUCCAGAAUGGCUGGACAGCACCCAGGAGGAUCUCGACAGGCUGAUGAGCUCGCUGCCUCCGAAACUACCGGCAGUAGUCAUGGGCCAGGUGGUGGCUUCCAAUAUGCUGCGGUUCCUACGCGGAGAGACCACGAUCCUCGAGGAAACACGCAAUGACAACCUACUCGACCUGUUUUACAAGUACGAUGUCGAGACGAAGACUGCCAACGAUUGCCUGGGUGACGUGGCCAGCCAGGUCGUCUUCCGCUAUCCACGUAUGAAAAUCCUGGAGAUUGGAGCUGGAACCGGCUCGGCCACCAGCGCCACGCUGGCUCGCAUUGGCCGGUCGUAUCACUCGUACACCUUCACGGAUAUCUCCGUCGGUUUCUUCGAGGACGCCCAGCAGCAGUUCGCCGAACACGGAGACCACUUCCUCUACCAGUCCCUUGACAUCUCGCAGGAUCCUACCCAGCAGGGCUUCGAGGAUGCGAACUACGAUCUGGUGAUCGCAUCCAAUGUCCUCCAUGCCACCCCGUCAAUUCGGCAGACCUUGACCAACGUUCGCCGCUUGCUCAAGCCUGGUGGCUACCUCGCUCUGAUGGAGGCCACCAACACCGACACUCUUGGCGUUUCCUUCUGCUUUGGUGGUCUUGAGGGAUGGUGGGUCGGUGAGAAGGACGGUCGAAUGUGGGGACCUCGGCUGAGCGUCUCAGAAUGGGAUGAGGCUCUUCAGGACACUGGCUUUGGUGGUCUUGAUUCUGUGUCUGAGUUGGCCGAUCCGCGAUUGAGCACCUAUUCGAUCCUACUUUCACAGGCGGUCGAUGAUCGCAUGCGACUUCUGCGUGCGCCCUUAUCAGUACCGGACACUGAAGGCACAGACACGCUGGUGAUUAUUGGCGGUGCUGAAAACCACACAUUGCGCCUUGUCGAUGACAUAUCUGGACUUUUAGGUCCUUACUUUUAUCGCGUUAUGCAAGUACAAACUCUUGAGACUUUAGGUGAUAAUGACCUGCGUGGCUCGGCUGUUAGCGCCCUAGUCCUAACCGACGUCGACAAGCCAUGCUUCGAGGACCUGAGCGAAGACCGUCUCAAAGGGCUUCAAUACCUGGUCGGAAUGGCUCGGAAGCUUCUUUGGGUGACCGCUGGCUCAGAAUCGGACUGCCCCUGGUUUUGUAUGAGCAAGGGUUGGCUGAAAUGCCUCCCCUACGAGCAUAAGGAUGGCCUGUAUCAGUAUCUCAAUGUCGUCGAACCCGCGGACCUUGAUGCUGUCGUUGUCGCUCGCACACUGAUGCGUCUGGUGUAUACUGACCAGCCUAACCAUUACACUCUGCCUGGCCGUGUCUGGGUGGCAGAGCCCGAGCUGCGCCUUGAAAAGGGCGCGAUGAUAAUCCCGCGCCUUGCCGACGCGCCGGAGUUGAACACUCGGUACGAAGCCUGUCGGCAGGCGGUCUACCAAUCCGUUCAGCUGGAAGAUGCGUCCGUCAAGCUGGUACCGUCUGAUUCCAGCGGUCAGUACGAGCUUCAUAUGGACGAUGAGCGCAGCGAUGGCCCAAAGACGCACACUGCUACCCAUGCGUGUAUCCGCCUGCAUAUCCAAUGUUCCAGCGCGCAAGCGGUUAGGGUGGGGGGUGGAAGAGUCUUCCUUCAUCUGGUAAUUGGAAUAGAGACCAACAGCAACAAGCGCAUGCUUGCCUUUGCGGACAGAAAUGCCACUGUUGUCACAACGCCAUCCAGCUGGUGCCGUGAGCUUCCAGCUGAAGUUUCCGAGAAUGAGGAUCAAACAUUGUUACCUGCCGCUGUAACAGCUAUUGUGGCCUACUCAAUCGUCCAACAGGCAGAAGAUUCCACGGUCGUGUGGGUGCAUGAAGCAGAUGAAGCCCUACAACAGGCAAUUGAAAUGCACGCUGUUACCAAAGGCAUUCGAUGCCAGUUCACCACGGCUGAUUUGUCCAGUCAGCGGGAGAAUACCGUAAUUGUACACCCACGGAGUUCGCUUCGUGCGCUUGCCAACCUCAUUUCCCCAGAGCUUUCUAUGUUCAUAUCCCUUGAUUCGGAGGAUGGGAACGAUGGGUUCUCUCGGAGCAUCAGCCAGCUGCUGCCUUACCAUGUGCUACGGGGGACGUUGAGCAGCCUGUAUGGCGUCGUGGCGGUACCACCAGUUCAUGAAAACCAGAUGCCCUACCCUUUACUGACCGAUACUCUUACGAUGGUCACGCAAUUGAUGCAGUCAACAAGACUUACCUCGUCUCCGGUGGUCAACAUCAAGGAAUUCUCUGCUACAGGGCUAGAGGCGAAACAAGGCCUCAUUAUUGACUGGACUCGGUACGAUGUCUCCAACCCACUAUCUGUCCGGGUCCAGACAGCGAGCUCCAUGAUCCAUUUGUCCAAAGACAAGACAUAUUUGUUGGCUGGGAUGACAGGCGAUCUGGGCCGCUCAGUCUGUCGCUGGAUAAUCGCCCGCGGAGCCCGCAAUGUAAUUCUCACCAGUCGAUCCCCAAAUGUAAGUUCUCGAUGGCUUGAGGCGAUGGCAGCAUUGGGGGCCAAGGUAGUGCCAAUGAAGAUGGACCUGUCGAACCGGGACUCCAUCGCGUCCGUCUAUCGCCAUAUCCAGCAGCAUUAUCCACCCCUCGGAGGCAUUGUAAACGGAGCAUUAGUUCUGCAUGACGCACCGUUCGUUAGUGUCUCGCUGGAAAUGAUGCAAUCCACUUUUGCCGCCAAGGUGCUUGGGAGUCUGGUGCUGGACGAGCUCUCUUGCGGCACCGACUUGGACUUCUUCAUCCUCUGCGGCUCCCUCGCUGGUGUGAUCGGGAACUGGAACCAGUCCGCCUAUUCAGCGGCCAAUGGCUUCCAAGCCGGGCUGAUUCGUCGGCGACGCAUGCAGAACCGUGUCGGCAGCAUCGUCCAACCCGGCGUUAUCAGCGGCGUGGGCUAUAUCGCCCGCAAGGGAGCUGAGCUCGCCGAGUACCUGCGCAACAGUCUCGGCGCCGAAGAGCUCUCCGAACGGGACCUGCAUGAACUCUUCGCCGAGGCCAUUCUCGCCGGUCAUCCCUCCUCGAAUCGGAACGCGGAGAUUGUUGCAGGGGCGCCAGUCACCGAUCCGGUAAAGCAGCCCGAUAUCAUCUGGUACCAUUCCCCCUUCACCUGGCACCGCAUCAACUACCACAUCCAGUCUCGCUCCGACGUCCCUACAACACAAGGUGAAAGCCAGUCAAUGAGGACGUGCCUGGAAACUGUGACCAACAUGGAGGAAGCAGUCGAGGUCGUCACGGAGGGUUUCUCUCGCAAAGUGCGCAAUAAAUUCAAUCUUCCCUCGGAUGCCGCGCUGCCGCCAGACACGCGGCUUACCGACCUCGGCAUUGACUCCCUUGUCGCCGUCGAUCUGCGGCGGUGGUUCCAGAAGGAACUGUUGGUGGAAAUGCCCACGAUGCAGAUCUUGAGUGGCAAGUCCAUUACCACGCUCGCGGCAGCUGCUGUAUCAAUGCUGCCACCAGGUUUGAUUCCCAUCGCAAGCAGUGUCGAUGUCUUGCAAGGAAGUGGCUGCUAA